GUCAUUUGAGCGAAUAGAAAACUAUUUUGAGUUAAAUACGUGGAUUUCCUAUAUUUCCCUCUAACAUGUGGACGAAGAUGACAACUCUGGAAUGAAAGUGAGCAGAGCACAAAUGGUAAAUCAACCCAAAAAUGGCGUGGAAAUUGAAUCUUACUGAAACCAUGAUUCUUCCUCCAGCGACCAAAUUGGAGCUCUGAAUGUUUUUGUUUGCAUAAAUGCUAUUAUAAGUAAGGAUUUGUUGCAGUUAAUCAAACCAAAACCACAACUGAACUAACAAAAAUUCAUCGCAUCAAAGCAUUUAGCCGCCAAUUUUUCGCCUCUUGUUUAUGUAAACCCCUCAAGAAACCAGAACACCACAUUGAUUGUCCAAUCGCUGUAUGUUUAUUUUGGUUCGAUAACUGCGGCCGUUGUAAAUCAAAACAAAACCCAGCUGCUAUAGUUUAUUCUUUAAAUUGGGGGAGGAGAAGCCCAUUUGAUUUGACAAUCCGAAAUUCCACCAAAACCCUCUUUACCCAAUGGACCUUGCUUUCAAAUCUUCGAAGUUACUUCCCCUCAACAAGAUGCCCUCUAGGCUCAUCUUCCCUCCAAAUCCUUGUACGAUUUCAGUCUCGCAAUCCAAGCGCUUGGCUCCAAUGGCUGCCCUUACUGCAGCCUCCCCUGCCGUUGGACUGUCUGAAACAUUCAACAAGUUGAGAGAACAGGGCAAGGUCGCAUUGAUCCCCUACAUCACUGCUGGUGAUCCUGAUCUGUCGACCACAGCAGAAGCAUUGAAGGUGCUUUCCAACUGUGGAUCAGAUAUAAUUGAACUUGGUGUUCCAUAUUCGGAUCCCUUGGCAGAUGGUCCUGUUAUACAGGCUGCAUAUACUCGGUCCUUGGCUAGGCAGACAAACUUUAAUGCAAUCAUUUCUAUGCUGAAGGGGGUGAUUCCUGAGCUAUCUUGUCCAGUUUCUCUUUUUUCAUAUUAUAACCCAAUUCUUAAACGUGGCAUUGAGAACUUCAUGAUGACAAUAAAAGAUGCUGGUGUACGAGGGCUUAUUGUUCCAGAUGUUCCUUUUGAGGAGACUGAAAUUUUAAGAAAGGAAGCUGUAAAGUACAAUAUUGAACUGGUACUGUUAACUACACCAACCACGCCUAAAGAUAGGAUGAAAGACAUCGUUGAAGCUUCAGAGGGAUUUGUAUAUCUCGUGAGCUCAGUUGGAGUUACCGGUGCUCGCACAUCGGUGAGUGGUAGAGUUCAAGCUCUCCUGAGGGAAAUUAAAGAGGUCACGAAGAAACCAGUAGCAGUUGGGUUCGGUAUAUCGAAACCGGAGCACGUGAAACAGGUGGCUGGGUGGGGGGCAGAUGGGAUCAUUGUUGGUAGUGCUAUGGUGAAGCUGUUGGGUGAAGCCCAAUCUUCAGAGGAAGGAUUGAAGGAGCUUGAAAACUUCACCAAAUCCUUAAAAUCUGCACUCUCUUCAACUUGAUGGGAAUUGGAAUCAACCAAGAGCUGCAACACCUCAACUUACUCUGUCAUCUUAAAAGUACUCUUCAAAGAUCACUUUUUUUUUCUUUUUUUUUUUAAGCUGAGAAUAAAACUGUCAGCCCAUAGUAUGAGAAUAUUUUCUAGUAUUUUCCAAUGAAGCCCAUCUGCCUCAUCUUCAUGCUUCAUCUCGUAACCAUUAUACCAGUGUGGAUCGAUAAAAUAUGAUGGCCGGUUUAGUAACAUUCUCAUUUCUAA